AUGGUUGCGCCACCAAAACCAGAUACCACGGCCCCCGGGCCGGAUGAAUUCGAUCCUUUUUGUUAUAUCCCAUAUCCCAGAGAUUACAGGAAGCGAGCAGAGUCUCGCAAGUGUUUUCAGAAAGACGAGUCUAAUGUGCAGGUGGACUGGACCGAGGUUAAUUUGGGGGAGUCUGGUGAAACAAUAACUCGGUCCUUUGGCUCUUUGGCCGAUUUACAGAGCUAUCGAGCUCAAAUCCGUGGGAGGGCGGGUACACUGCGUAUGAUAUCCAUCAGUCAAGCCAAUUCCUGGAGGCCAUUGAAUGUUACCGUGGAGAUGCUCGAGGAGAUAGUGAGUGCCACGGGAUGUUCGUUACAGCUCUUGAAUCUCGCGCUGUCUUUCUGUGAGAAAUCAGUAGCCACAGAAGAGGCUUAUAGCAGUGCACCCAUGUUUAGUUACAACGGACGCUAUUUUGAGGUCGCCUAUAUUUUCAAGUAUGCAUUCCCAAAAGCAAAAGACAACAAGACAGAGGCCUGGGCCUUGCGUCAGACUGGAGUAUACCACAAGUACGACUCUGAAAUAGACCAGUCCACGUGGAUCUUUAUGAAUCCUACGAAAUCCUGCCUCUUCCAGGAACGUCUCGGGCAGAUGCGACUAUCUUCAGAAUAUGACACAGCGUUCAAGAUACAUCCCCUCCUAGUUCAUCACAUCCUCUUCACGACGUUCUUCCCGAACUGGAGAGACUACCUGGCGUCAUAUGAAGCCAGGGUACUGGCAGUGUCCAACACGACCACCACCCAACGCGUUCAGGAGACACUGAAUGUCAACCACCAAACGCUCACCUUUAUUCGCUCAGUGGAAGCUCGGUGCUUGCCGCUACGAGCUAUCUUCUGCUCCUUCGACAAGACGUUGCAGAUACUGCGGAAAGCCAAUGAUGUGCUUCGCGACUGUGGCCGAGUGGACCACGCACCGUGGAUGGCAAUGGAACAGCUGCUCGGAAACUAUAAAAAUCACCUCGAGGCAUAUUCCCAGGGCGCAGCGUUUCUUCAAAACCGCACGGCCACCACGGCUCACUUGAUCACAGAUACCUUUUCCUUCAAGAAUUCCCACAGGGCUCACGAGCAGACUGAACAUAUGUUGGAUCUGACUUUGUCUACAGUUGAUGACUCGACGACCGUUCGGGUUAUCACGGUCGUAACGCUGAUAUAUCUGCCUUCCACCUUUGUAGCCGUAGGCCUCUCUUCCCCCGUUCCGGUUUGA